AUGGUAGGGUUGUAUUCCGAUGGUUUACCAGAUCUAAACUGGUUCCUAAAUAUUGCUGCCUCGCCCUGUUCACCAACCCUACUCGCCCCAAAGAAGAGCUCACCAGCGUUACCGAAAAAGAAGCGAAAAUCAUAUCAUCCCAAUCAACACGUUAUCGAUCCAACCGCUCAAGUCGACUACUAUGCCACCAAUCUGAAGCCUCCGUUAAGCUACGCACAACUGAUAAUGGAUGCCAUGGCCGAGCGACAAGUGGACAAAAUCACUUUAUCUGAAAUUUAUGAUUAUGCUGCAAGACGAUACGCUUACUACAGGAGUUCUAAAGGACCUUGGAAGGUACACAGUCUACGGUACACUUAA